ACGUGCAGAGCAGACACCACAGCCAAAACGUGAGGAGGGGCCCAGCCCCCCCACCCCCAGGCCCCAGGAAGACCCACUCAUUGAGACCACCCUCCCGCUUCCUUCUGCAGGAAUCAGGAUGGGAAGGCAGAUGUGAAGUCUCUCAUGGCGAAGUUUAACAGCGGGGGCAACCCCACGGAGGAAGCCUUGGUCAAUAGCCGGCCCUUCAAGGUCACGGGCCAAAACUCCCCUUCAGGAAUACAGGCCAAAAAGAACUUGUUCAACAGCCAAGGAAAUGCCAGCCCUCCCGCAGGACCCGGCACCGUGCCCAGGUUCGGGUCCCCAAAGCCACCUGUGGGGGUGAAACCUUCUUCUGAGGAAAAGCCUGACAAGGAGCCCAAACCCCCGUUUCUAAAGCCGACUGGAGCCAACCCACGGUUUGGAGCACAGGCUAACCCGGCCACCAGAGACCCUGAGGCGAAAGUGGGAUUUCCGAAACCUGCAGGCCCCAAGACCUUCAACCUGCCCAAAGAGGAUUCCAAACCUGCGUUUCCCCGGCCUCCUGGGAACAAGCCUUCGCUUCACAGUGCAAACCAGGACCCUGACCUAAAGCCACUGGGUCCCAAGCCCGGGUCUCAUCCUCCAGCCCAGGAAAAUGAACCAAAGCCAGCGUUCCCAAGGCUGCCCGGGGCUAAAGGCAAGUUUGUGUCAGCCUCACCGGAGCAGGACCCCAAGCCCCUCUUCCCUAAACCCGCCUUUGGCCAAAAGCCAUCCCCUUGUGCCCAGGACCCCCAGGAAGAUGAGAGCCCUUCUAAGACGGCGGCUCCACAGAAAGGCCUCCCGGCCCCCCCGGGACCCAAGGCCAGGUCUGGUCCUUUGAAACCUGCCAGGGAAGAUCCAGAGAAUAAAGAGCAGGGAAGCGAGACCUCAAGUUCUCCUUUUUCUGGGGUCGUUCUGAAACCUGCCGCGAGCAGAGGCACCCCAGGCCUCCCCAAACCUGCUGAAGAGAAAAGAGACGAGAGGAAGAUGGAUACUGCCAAGAACGUCUUCCUGAGCAAAAUGAAUCAGGAGGAGCCGGCCCCUGGGGUUCCUCCUGCCAAGUUCCCUAAGACACCUUCGAAGCCGACGAUGACAGGGACCUGGGGCCAAGGUCAAGAAAAGGAAAAGGGGGACAAGAGCUCAGCCACCCCCAAGCAGAAGCCCCUGCCACCCCUGUUUACCCUGGGUCCCCCUCCGCAGAAGCCCAGCAGACCCCCGCAUGUUGACCUAUCGAAGUUCCGAAAAGCCACUUCUGGAAACAGUACCAGCAAAGGCCCAACAUCUUACUCAACAACUUCCCUACCACCACCUCCACCAUCCCAUCCGGCCAGCCAACCACCAUUGCCAGCCUCUCACCCAACACAAUCGUCAGUCCCAAGUCUACCUCCCAGGAACAUUAAACCUCCUUUAGAUCUCAAAAGCCCUGUAAAUGAAGAAAGCCAUAAUAGUGUCAUGCACUCCGAUGGUACUGGAAAUCUCGAUGAGGAACAAGAGAGUGAAGGAGAAACAUAUGAAGACAUAGAAACAUCCAAGGAAAAAGAGAAGAAAAGAGAAAAAGAGGAAAAGAAGAGAUUAGAGCUGGAGAAAAAAGAACAAAAAGAGAGAGAAAAGAAAGAACAAGAAAUAAAGAAGAAAUUUAAACUCACGGGCCCUAUUCAAGUCAUCCAUCAAGCAAAAGCUUGCUGUGAUGUCAAAGGAGGGAAAAAUGAACUGAGUGUCAAGCAAGGAGAGCAAAUUGAAAUAAUCCGCAUCACAGACAACCCUGAAGGGAAAUGGCUGGGCCGAACAGCCAAGGGGUCUUACGGCUAUAUUAAAACAACGGCGGUAGAGAUUGACUAUGAUUCCUUGAAACGGAAAAAAACCUCUCUUGGUGCCCUUUCAUCAAGACCUGUUGAAGAUGACCAGGAAGUAUAUGAUGAUGUCGCAGAGCAAGAAAAUGUUAGCAGCCACAGCCAGAGUGGAAGUGGAGGGAUGUUCCCACCUCCCCCAGAUGAUGAUAUUUAUGAUGGGAUUGAAGAGGAGGAAGUUGCUGACAGCUCCACGCCACAGGUUGAAGAGAAGAGUAACACGUGGUCCUGGGGGAUUUUGAAGAUGAUAAAGGGAAAAGAUGACAGAAAGAAAAGUAUACGAGAGAAACCUAAAGACUCUGAGUCAGACAAUAAUGAAGGUUCAUCUUUCCCUUCUCCUCCGAAACAAGUGGACACGGGAGAGGAAGUUUAUGAUGACGUGGACGCCUCUGAUUUCCCUCCUCCACCAGCAGAGUUGAGUCAAGGAUCCAAGACCAAGACAGAAGAAAAAGACCCCAAGAAGCUAAAAAAGCAAGAGAAAGAAGAAAAAGACUUCAGGAAAAAAUUUAAAUAUGAUGGUGAAAUUAGAGUCCUCUAUUCGACCAAAGUUGCACCCUCCAUAGCUUCUAAAAAGUGGGGGAACAGAGAUCUACAGGUAAAGCCUGGAGAUUCCCUGGAAGUUAUACAAAACACAGACGAUACAAAAGUUCUCUGCAGGAAUGAAGAUGGAAAAUAUGGUUAUGUCCUUCGAAGUUACUUGGUGGACAAUGAUGGAGAGAUUUAUGAUGAUAUUGCUGAUGGUUGUAUCUAUGACAAUGACUAGCUCUGAGCUUUGGUCAUUCUGCUAUGUUCAUUUGAUGUCAAUGUGAACUCUGGGUUUUAGUUGACAUGUUAGCACAGACAAGGUAGCACAUAAAAUUAAUGCUCGACUACUUAUUGCCGUUUGUUAUAAAAUUCUUAUAAAGUAAUUAUAAGUUUUGAAAUUUGGGACUUAGAAAAUGAUUUAUGUACAUUGUGGAAGAGUACAUCAAUGAGAUGUAAAAAUUAUUAAAUACCCACUUCUGCCUUAGCUGCAGUUAUCAAGGCACUUCUUUUAGACUACCAAUAGACAAUUCUCCCUUCCUAAAAAAAAAAAAAAAAUCAUUUGAGAAGAAAUGACUGUGUUGUUUAAAGAAAUGUAAAGAAGAACAGCAAAGGAAUAUAAGGAAGGAAACUUUUAAACUUUCCAUAAGGAGAGAACUAUUGUUUGUACUUCUAAUUAUGAUUGUAUCUUAGAUUCACUAUUCAAACUCUGUGUCUUUUAAAAGGCAGUACUGCCUCCUCUCUUACUAGUGGGUUAAAUGUUUUCAAAAUUAUAAUAGUAGCAGGAUGUUUGUAUAAAGUUUGUCCCUGUUUGUUAAUUGUGAAUAUAUUUUAAUUAUUUGUUGAGAAUGGGCACAAAAAGUAUACAUACCUAAGAUUAAAACUGUAGAAGAG